AUGUCUGCUCCAGAUCUCAAAGUUGCAGUGUUAUUCGAUGUGAAAGACAAAAUAGUUUUGGUUACAGGAGGGAGCGCAGGUAUUGGAAAAAUGAUAGCACUGGGCUUCGCUCAGAAUGGCGCGAAGGUCUACAUCGCUUCCCGGAAGGAACCUCAACUGAAAGAGGCUGUCGCAGAGAUCAGCGCUGGGUUGAAGAACGCGACAACUCCGGGAUCAGUAUCCUACAUAGUCGCUAACAUUGGUUCCAAAGCUGGUUGUAAUGCUCUCAUCGAUGAAUUCAAGAAGCGUGAAUCAAAGCUUCACGUCCUGGUCAACAACUCCGGUAUAACCUGGGGCGGGCCUUACGAGGACUUUCCAGAAGAAAAGGGCUGGGAUAACGUGUUCAAUGUGAACGUCAAGAGUAUAUUUUACAUGACAGCAGGACUCACAGAAUUGUUAUGCAAGAACUCGCAUAACCGAGACCCGGCGCGAGUUAUCAACAUAUCUUCAACUGCCUCGGUAGAUCCCAGAACUGAAGGAGCCUUGAGUAGACCUGGAAACGGGACCUGGAGUUAUCAACCAAGUAAAGCCGCAGUGAACCACCUUACCUCCCAGCUAGCACUCAAACUAGCACCUCGACAUGUCACUGUGAACGCUAUAUUACCUGGAGUCUUCCCUAGCAAGAUGACCGCGUUCGGUCUUCAAACCUCUGGCGCUGCAGCAUUUAUAGCGAAUCAGCCCACAGGACGAUACGGAGCGACGGAGGAUAUGGCUGGCAUGGCGUUGUUCUUAGCGUCUCCAGCAUCUGCCCAUGUCACGGGUGCUCAUAUCAUUCUCGAUGGUGGAGCGAGGUACACGAAGCUGUGA